AUGAUCCGCUCGCUCAUCUCCAACAGCGCCGCGCGCGCUGCACGAUCCACCACCGUUGGUGCUGCAGCUCGCCCAGCCACCUCCGCCCUCGUCUCCAAACCUUCGCGAGGGCUUUUCACAAGCACCAAGACACACUUCGGAUCAGCCCCCAAACCAGCGCUAGCAGCAGCCGAAACUGCAGCGCCCGCCGCCGAGCAAUUCGACCCCCAUGCCCCCACGGCAAUGGACAAGCAGACGCCCCCUGCGCCUGGUGAGGACUUCAGGGUGGUCAUCGUCGGCGCCGGCAACAUCAACUUUGGCUCAGAUGAGGGCCCAUGGAACCACUCCUUCCGUCUGGAGCACAAGCUUGGUCCACGGCUCAAGGUGACCGCUCUGAUUGAUCCGAGCGCCGCACGCGCAGAUCAGGCAUUGACCGUCAAGCGCAACUCGUUCGUGCUCAGCGCGUACAAGGACACAAUCGUCUACCCUUCCUUUGAGGCGUACCUUGCUGCCCCGGAGCAGAAGGCCCUCAAGCCCCACGCUAUCUGGGUCGGCUCCCCGCCCGCGUAUCGUGGCCGGGAGGAGGAGGGGCGCAACCUGGAGAUGCAGCUGAUCAGGGCCUUCCCCGAUGUCGCCUUCUUCAUCGAAAAGCCGGUCUCGACGGGCCCAGUCGAGCAGGCGUUCAACAUUGCCAAGAGGCUCGAGGAGAGCAAGAACGUCGUCUCGGUCGGGUACAUGCUGCGCUACCUCAAGGUCGUCCAGAAGAUGAAGCAGAUCCUUGAGGAGAAUAACCUCAAGGUGAUGGCGACCAACGCACGCUACGUGAUGGCGUACGAGCAUACCGCCAAGCCCGACUGGUGGGACAAGAACCAGACGCUCGGCCCAAUCGUCGAGCAGGCUACCCACUUCUGCGAUCUGUCGCGCUACUUUGGAGGUGAGGUCGACCUGUCCACCGUCAUGGCGCACUCGCUCGAGCACUCGGAGCCCGCAGGCCAGCUGUCCAAGAUGCCGAUCGACGAGUCGAAAAUCCCUCCGGACCAGCGCAUCCCACGCGUCACAUGCGCCACGUGGAAGUACGAGUCGGGCGCUGUCGGAAGCCUGACGCACGCCGUCGCGCUCCAAGGCUUCAACUAUCAGACCGAGCUGGAUGUCUACGCGGACGGCUACUCGCUGCGCCUCGUCGAUCCGUACAACGCCCCCGUGCUCUACUUCCGCCGGCCGGGCGACGACCAUGAGGAGGUGGUACGCUACCAGAACGACGACCCGUUCUUCUCCGAGGUGAGCAACAUCAUCGACAUCAUCGAGAAAGGUCCCGGCGCCGCGCCCAUCCUGUCCAGCUACGAGGACGCGGUCAAGACGUACGCGCUCACCUGGGCCAUCCGCCAGGCGUCUGAGCGCACCUUCAAGGCGUACGGCAAGCCUGAUGCAUAG